AUGGCGGAAUUUGUUAUCAAGGAUGAGGAGCUGAACAGUGUCAAGGGCAAAGUUGUAAUUGUCACAGUUUUCAUCAAUGCAGGUACCUCAUCUGGUAUAGGUCUCGCAACCGCCAAGCUACUCCUCUCCUUAGGAGCUUCUGUCGUCGGCGCCGAUAUCCAACCUUCAACGCUUACCGAGUCGUCUCCUGCAUGGUUUUUCGUACAAAGCAAUGUGACCGUCUGGUCUGAUCUGAGCAAUCUUUUUAAGAAAGCAAAGGAACAUUUUGGACGAAUCGACUAUGUUUUUGCCAAUGCCGGCAUUGGGCCCCGCGCCAACUACCUCGCCCUCGAGAUGGAUGAAGCUGGAGAGUUGAAGGAGCCAUCAUAUGACGUUUUGGACGUCAAUUUGAAGAGUGUGAUGAAUACGGCAACUCUUGCUGUUCAUUACUUGAAGCAGCAGCCUGAGGGUGGCAGCAUUGUGCUCAUGGGCUCUAGCACUGGAUUGCAGCCCCUCCGUGCUCCGGAUUACUCCACCGCCAAACACGGCGUCCUUGGAUUUGGCAGAGGCAUUGCACGACUUGUGGAGGCAGCAGGACUGCCCAUUCGCGUCAACACUCUUAUGCCAUCAUGGACCUCGACAAACAUCCUUCCAAACUUGGACGGCCUGAUGCAGGGCAUCUCCCACGAGGCACAGCCUGGUCUCAUUGUUGCUCGCUGUGCUACUUAUCUCAUGGUCAACCCCUCCAAGCAUGGAGAAGUGAUUUAUGUGUCAGAUGGAAAGUACACGGAGAUUGAAAAGGCCGUUCUCUGGCCUGCUGCUCAGACUAUCAUUGGAGAGGGAAACCCCAGUGAUGAUCAAAUUUUGGAGCGUAUUUUCGCACUUGCAGCAUAG